AGAAUAUGAUAUGAAUCACAUCUCAAUAUCAAUGAUGGGGAUGUUAUUAAGGUCGAAAAAUUGUUUCUAGGAGCCGAGACUCUUAAAGAAUAAUGGGAAAUUUACACUGAUGAAGGAGUUGUGUUCAUGAUUUACUAGCAUGUACGCAUACAAUAAGAAAAGACAAAGAUCUGGGAUGGCAUAUAAGGAGGUAAAUUCCCUUGGUUUGCAAUUCAGCCUCCAGGCAAAUGCUUCCCCCGUCAACGAGAGACCCGCAGGAAAGGCCCCACAGCCACCACAUCAGACAGAUUUCCGGCUGACGAUACAGAAGAUCCCCACCGUGCCUACAGCACCUUACUCCCUGGCGAUGCAGACCAAAGGCUACACGCAGGACGAUACCAUAGUAACAGAUCUCGAUAAUAACUCGGAAUUCCGGAUGGGUCGAGACCAAGGCCAGGGCUACCGGUCGGCUUUCCAGCAGGACUAUCCAGCCAGUCAGCAUGCCUUACAUAGCAGCAGACGAUUCAGCCAGCCUGUAUCUGCUGAACCUCAGCAGCAAGACCAUUCACUGUCAGCUUCCUAUGGAGGUCACACAGAAUCCCGCACCCCCAGACACAGGCAGGUUCACCACCCUGCCACGGCCUUCGCCACCCAGCUGACGGACCUAGACCCCAACAACUACCAGAAGCCCACCCCGCCCAGGGAAGAGAUGCCCUCUGUGUACACUCAUCCAGGAUCCCACUCUCACUCGCACCCCCCUCACACCCACGGAGCCACUCGGCAGAUCCAGAGCGCGGGGUCGGUCCAGUCCCGUCAGGUCAAGCCCUCAUCGUACAUCCCAGAGCACACAUACUAUUCCAUAAACGAGAGUCCAGACGAACAUGAACCAUCAGACUUGGGCUCUCCCUCAACACAGCCUACAUGUGCUUUCCGCACUUUCAACUCAGGUGACAGGGUGCUGUUCUCUGAAUCUCCCUCUCUGCCUGGCGUUCCUGUAGUCUACAGAACUCAAGAAGAGAGGAGUCUAAACCCUGACAGACUCAACUUAGACAGGAGGAAACUGACACAGUGCCCCAUCCUUGAGGGAGAAGAUCACCUGAGAUUACUCAACUUUCAGCACAAUGGCAUCAGGAGGAUAGAACACCUAGCAUCACUCAGAAGACUCAUCUUCCUUGACCUCUACGACAACAGGAUAGAGACCAUCUCGGGGUUGGACACCAUGAGGUCUCUGAGGGUUCUUAUGCUUGGCAAGAACAAAAUCCAGAAGAUCGAGCGACUGACCAACCUGGUCAAGCUGGAUGUUCUUGAUCUCCAUGGCAACCGCAUCAGCAAGGUGGAGAACCUGGAUCACCUGCAGGAGCUCCGGGUCCUCAACCUUGCUGGGAACGAGAUCACCCACGUGGAGGGACUCUGUGGAAUGGACUCCCUGACGGAACUCAACCUGAGGCGGAACAAGAUCUCCACCGUGACUGAUGUUGACACAUUACCAAGCUUGCAAAGGCUGUUUCUAAGUUUCAAUCUCAUAACAAAUUGGGAUGAUAUCUCUUGUCUGGCUGACUCCACCUCUCUGACUGAAGUAUCUUUAGAUGGUAACCCAUUCUGCCAGGAAUCCUCCUACAAAUCUAUCAUCAUCCGUAGCAUGGGUUAUCUGAAACAACUGGAUAUGAAGAAAAUAUCAGAGGAUGAGAGGAAGGUUGCACUGGCUGUGGUGAAGAAAGAAGAGCAGAAGAAGAGAGAGGUGAACAGAAUGGCUGUUCUCAAGGAGAAGAGAAGGCUAGCCAUCAAGAAUGCAGCAAGGCAGUGGGAAGCAUCCAUGAGUACCACGUUGGCCAAGACAUCACGCCUCCAAGCUGCCCCACUCUAUGGAGGAGGAGAGAGGGGAGGGGAUAGUGGACUGGCGACGCCCAACAAUAGUCGGCCAGGGUCAAGUGAGGGAGGAUCGGACAGAGGUCAUCCGGUUGACCUAUUAGACGGAGGAAGAAGUCAGGACUCCAGCCGACCUUCGACCCGCUCGGACUCUCGCCAGAGGAAGCUACCCACCCCUGAUCUUCUUGCCAACAUCACACCGGAUGAAGUCUGCCACCUAGCAGAGUUAGAAGGGGACACACUGCACCUGUAUGGCCCUGGAUCUCUGGAUGCUCUUGAUAAGAACUGGGGUGUCCAGGCGGCAGGGUCUAUCACUACCGUCUCUAUCAAGUUUGUGGACUUCAACAAAGUUGCAAAGCACCUGCAGAAGAUACGCCUCAGGUUUCCUAAUGUCUCUAAUGUGAAUUUUGGUGAGUGCAAUAUCAGUAAUCUUGUGCAGCUGAAUGCCCUGGCAUCCCUGAGAAGACUAGAAUCCCUGACGAUAUCCAAACAAGGUAACCCCAUCACCAACUAUGUGCUCUGGAAACAGUACCUACUCUUCAGGCUGGCACACCUUAACAUCAAGAAGAUCAACGGACAACCGACUGAUCAAUACAGUGCUGAGAACUACUUUGGUACCCUGUCCAAACUGACGGCCGAGGAGCUCUCCAACUCCCGCCUCCAGAUGUUGCUAGGAGACAGCCGUCGAAGGCUAACCCAGCCUCUCAACGAGCUAGAGCUGAAAGCUCGACGUCAGCUGACGGCCGAGCAGCCCAGCACCUCUGAGAAUGCUGGGAAAGCAGGAUUGGUAUUCUUCUCAGAGGACGGUCUAGACUGUCUCCACCGGGAGAGAUUAUCUAAGACUGACCUGGCCAGUGCCUACGUCCAUCAGCUGACCUCAGAGGCCAUUGAUGCUGACCGUAAGGUGGCCACGCUAGCCCGGAUUUGGCCCAAGAUCUUCAUCGGGAUGGUCCACAAAGCCUUGCUGGACAUGGCUGACUUGCAGACCUACCAACAUAGGGCCUUGGAGCGAUUCAAGAACAGCUGAUCAAUAAUACAUGACAAAGUAUGAAUGGGACUACAGUGUACAAGAGGCUUUAGGGUAUGGCAUGUUCUUGACUUUAAACCUGUGAGAGCAGAGGAAAUUUUUUCCAAGUGGCAAUAUGGAUAUUUUAUUCUAUUCCACUUAUGUCUAACAGAUUAUUUCAAACAGUGAUUUGAGUAUUUUCAAAAGAGGAUUUAGUUAUAAAUUCCUUGGAAGGGCCAUUCUUGGUCACGUGUGUGACCGAAAUUAUGACGAAUCUCGACUUUAAUUAGUUACAUGCUUCUGUGUGAAGUGACCUAUUUCUUUGACCUCUGACCUUGAACCUGCAUAUUGGAGACAGCAAAAUAUAUUUCCAAAUGAUAGCUGACUAAACUUGUUUAUGUUAUAUCCUUUGAAUUACUAGUAAUAAAUCUCUAAAAUUUGUAGAUUUAUAACUAAUUAAAGUCAAGAUUUGUCAUAAUUUCAGUCACACACGUGACCAAGGAUGGCCCUGAAGCAAGUGGAGGAGAGUACGUAGUAUGGUUUGAUUGAGGAUGCAAGAAUAAGGGACAAGUAGAAAUCAGGGAAAAUGUUUCGGCUAAUUCUGGCAAACCCUUUUCAUGGCUGUCCAUGAGGUCAAAACUGGAUUCAGAACUUUAGAUUACUAAUAUAUAUGUACAGUGUGUCCUGCAAUAAAGGAAACCCGUUUUCAGAGACAAAUUUCUCAAUUAUUUGAUUAUGUUGUUAUUAUAAAUUUGAUAAUCAUGGUAAAGGGUGGAAUUUCUUCUUUAAUUUGACACCAGAAGCUUAGCAAAUCAUUCUCGCAUGGUAGAUUACCAACGGUAAACAUAGAGGCAUGUCAGAAACGAUAUAAUAAUAAUAAUGAUAAUAGCCAAUUGUUAUAGAGCGCUUUUCCCAGAAUGGCUCAAUGCGCGUUACAGCAUAUUAUUACCCCGGUCAUUGGAUUCAUUUCAAUCCCACACGAAAAGUGCACAAUUUCCACUCCCUGGGGAGCAUUCCUUGCAUUCAUCUCAGCCUCAUGGCGCUGGCAAAAUCAAACAUAUGCAUAGAAACUUGCAUGUGAAUCUGUAUCCGCUCUCGUUUUAGAGAUCAGUGACACAAACUUAACAAAGAAUAUGAAAGAAAUGCUAAUGAGCCGUUAGUCGAAUAAAGCAUGUUCAUCCUAUCGUUAAACCAGACUUGUCCAAUUUUUCUCCGCAACCUAACUUUAAUUACAUUAAAUUUCAAACCUGUAUUGCUCAGUAAUGCGUGUGAAGAGUUUGUCUCAUAUUAGGUAUCAACAUAAAGAGAAAUAACUGAACUUUAUGAUGAACAAAAUAAAUUUCAUAAUUCAUUUGCCCUUGAAGAGAAAAGUACAUGGGAAUCCCAGUUUUUUUGUUUUUUCUUGGAUGUAUGUCUUUUUGGUAAAACGUAGUACAGCUAUAUAAAGUCAGAAAGGUAAAUUAAACCUCUACAAUGAGUAUACGGUAUGGAAGCAGAGAUGAACAAAUAUGGAAGGAAAAAAUUUUCAAGAAAAAAUCAGCAGAUAGCAACACAAAUCUAUGCAAAUAUUGUCAGUAACCUGUGAGAUGUAGUUGUGGGAGAGAUAUAUAAAGUGACUAAGGCUGACUUGCCCCACCCCUCAGCCCAUAAAAAAGCCCCUGUAAUUUGAAGGGGGAAAAAGCCUCCCAUUAAUUUCCCAUUGGCUGACAACUUUUGAGAAGCAUAGUUUCUUUGGUAACUAUCGGAUGAAACGGGACUUGUCGCAUAAAACGUCCGACAAGUCUUUUCAUACAACGCUCCCUUUGUGAAAAAGAAGAAUGUUUGAUAUGCAAAUUGGCCGUGUUUUGUGGUUAUAUAAGAUGUGUAGCUACCAUGUUCUUCAGGUGUUAAUAUGCAAAUUCGGCAUGUACAGUACAUGUAUGAUGGCUAUAUUUGUUUGAUAUUACUGGAUUCAACAACAAUAUGCAAAGUAUGAUUAUGUUAUUAUUAACCCUUAGGCUGCCAUACAUGUAGCUCUGUACAGUGAUGUAGCUGUGCCAAAUGCAAGCGUAGAAGAAUGUUCUCUCAUGCAUACGACAUGUAAGUACCCCUGCAAUAAACCUGGUACAAGAAAAAUAUGUUACUGGCACAAUAAAGAUUAAGUAGUGAAUUGCAAUCAUAUUUUGAGAUAUGAAUAUUAUGCAGUUAUCUAAUCACAGUUAUACAGAGCAUAUGACUUAUUUCAAUCUGAAAAGAAAUUUUGUCAAUGGAGCAAAGAGAUUAUUUGGAAAGUUAUUUUCUUGUUUCGUAUCUUUUGUUUUUGUUUUGAUAUAUCCUGGCUCUAUUUUGACGAGUACUUUCCAAUUAUGUACCAUUCAUAAUCUUGAGUGAAGCAAAUUUCUAUCUAAAUAAAUAAUCAUUAUCACAUGCCUAUACAUGUAACUUGAAAAUAGUUAUAUACUGCUGUGUAGUCUGUAUAUGAGAGUACAGUCGCAAUUCAACUGUGAAGAAUGCAUUUCAAUGUUAAUUUUUUUUCCUUGAAUGAUUAGAAUAAUAUGCUAUUGUUUGGAUGGAAAAUACUCCUUUCAGCUUUCAAGCCUUGAAUCAUCUGAUCAAAUUAAUGAUUUUUUUUAUGAUGAACAUUCCAAUAUAAUUAUUAAAAUGUUAUUAUUAUAUGUGUACAGGUACAUAUGUCGUGUGUACAUCAACAUUCUUGUGACUGAAAUUAUGACAAUUCUCUUUAUUAUGAUUUCAUUGGAUGCAUCCAUAGGAAUAACGCUCAAAUAUAAUGUGAUUUAAAAUUUUGAAUCAAAAAUAGAAAUAUCAAAAUGUAUAUGAAUAUGAAUAUUUGUCCAUACUUAGUUUUGCUCUGCUGCAGAUAUGGUAUUAAGUUCAUGGUACAUAUUGUUGAAAUAUAGAUUUAUAUGUAUGUGAUGUAAUUUAUUAUUUUCCACUUUAUUAAGUAAGAAUGUAUCUUUAAGUUGACUUAAACUUUUCCAUGUACCUCGAUUCUAAAUUUUCAGUUUAUACAUCAAGUACCCCUAAAUAAAGUAUGUUCUGAUAUUUUAUUCAGUAUGCUGGUAGGGCAUAUCUUCCUUCCAUGAAUAAUAGUUUUAAAAUGUAUAGUAUUUUGGAUUGAAUAAUUCACGUUUGAGAUGUCUUUCUGUAUUCCGAAGUGGGCAUUGUGCUCUACUUUAAUACUGCUAUAGUAGGCAGUACUUGAUUUAUAAUGUUCACUGUCAAUUUUCUGUAUGAAAUGUUUUGAAAUGUCUACUAUGUGUCAGUGUGUAUGCAAUAUUUUAGAGUUGUUACUUAUUCCGUCCUGUCAAAUCUACGCAUAUAUUUGUAUUCAUCGGUUCCUAUUUCUACGAUGGUGUUCUCUGUGGUCGAUGUUGUUUUUUUAAGAAUGUAGUACCAGCACUUCUCCAGUGGAAUGCAAUAUGAACUAUCAUGGAGUUUUCUAUUCUGUACCUCUUUGUUUCUGUUGUUGAGAGUUUAUUCUCUGGUACUUUUUCAUGAAUAAUGGUGAUGAUGAUUCUCCUUGUAUGACAUCUUUCUCUCUCUCUCUUCCCUCUCAACUUCUCAAGCUUGUUUCCCCCAUUUCAAGCUCCUCCCUAUCUGUCUGUGCUUCUAUUCAUUUGUGUCCACAUAAAUAUCUCUAAGACAAAGCUUUUCCUUAUAUUAUUUCUUAUAUUAAGGUCUUAAUCAGGAAGAGUAUAUCAUGCAAUGAAAACACAUAUCACUGCGACUGGGUAUAUGUUCAAUUUCAAGCAAGUUUAGAUUCUAAAUCAUUUCCUUAUUUAAUUUCUGUUGUUCUGUCCAAAGGCUUUUUGUAUUUCUAUUUCUUGUAAGCUGCAAAUCAAAGAAUGCAGGUAUGUUAUGAAAUAAAUAUGACUUUGUCUCAUAAA